CUUCAUUCCGUGUAACAGUUUACAAGUCUAUACAAUACAGAGGCAUUGUAUUGUACAUACAAUGUAUUUUCAUACAUGCUUAAUCCAGGCAUAAUUCUUAAAAUUAAAACGUAGUACAAAAAUCUUUAGUGAGAUAAGGAAAUAUAUAAUUUACGUGGUUAAAUGAUUUUGAGAAAUCGAUAAUAAAUGGUUGGAAUAGAAGAAAGAAACUAUCAACGAGUAUUGAAAGAAAAUUUUACAUGACAAACAAAGCAGUUUCGAACUGCUAGAUAAUAGUAGUAUAUACACGCAGUUACAAAACUGGCAAAUAUGAAAACAGAAGUGUCUUGGAAACGCCGGUUUCUUCGGAAAAAAUUUAAAUACACCUUAAUCUGUGUAUUUGUAGUUGCUAUUAUUUUUGUUGUUCAUCAAUUAUUUUAUUUUAAACAACUUAAUCAAGCGGUCGUAGAAAAAUUAACUAGCGAAUCGGUGCGAACAUCUAAAUAUAAUAUUAAUAAUAAAAUUCUGGAUAAAGUAGAUACAUUACGUGGAACACGUGACAAAGACCAAUUAAAAUAUCUACCAAAUUCAGAAGAAAAAUUUGUCUGUUUUAUUUCAAAAACAGAGAUAGAUUUUGUGAAAAUUAAUGACGAUUAUUGUGAUUGUCCAGAAGAUGGUAGUGAUGAACCUAGUACUAAUGCUUGUAACAAUGGUGUCUUUUACUGUCAGAAGUCAUCUUCACAAGUUACAUUAAAGAUAUCAUCUUAUAAAGUUAACGAUGGAGUUUGUGACUGUUGCGAUGGAUCUGAUGAAUGGGCAGAAGUUAAAUUAUCACAUUCAGGCAACGAUAUUUUUAGGAAAUAUAAAUUAAGUUUAAUCAUGCAAAGUAAUACAAAUUUGAGCAUAUCAAAUUGGGACCCUCUUCAGAUAUUUCAAAGUUGUUCGCAGUAUAAAUAUGCUAUAGUUAUAUUGAAUCGCCCACUUCGUUGGAACAGUGAUAUUUUACUCCGAAUCUGGGAGAAUGCUCAGAUUAAGAUCACUGUUGAUGGAGGAACUCAUAGGUGGUUACAAUACUUAGAAGCACAAGAUAUAGAUCUUCUAGAUGGAAAACAUUCUCAGUAUUUGCCCAAUUUAAUUACUGGUGACAUGGAUAGUUGUUCUCCUGAAAUUCUUGAGAAGUUAAAAUCCGUGGGUACAAGAAUCAUUAAAACACCUGAUCAGAAUUAUACAGAUUAUACGAAAGCUUUACUUCAGAUGGAGCAGUAUGCCAGUGAAAAAAAUAUAAAUUUGGAAGCGAUAUAUGUAUUCGUUGAUUCAUCAGGAAGACUUGACAUUAUUCACAUUGCUAAUGAUUCAUUGACAUGGAUUCUGAAACCUGGGUUUCAUAGUAUAUCAAUUCCUGAAAUAUUGGUGCAAACUAAUAGCUGGUGUGGACUUUUACCAAUUGGAUCACCUGUUAAGCAUAUAAGCACAACUGGUUUAAAAUGGAAUUUAGAUAAUGCAACUAUACAAUUUGGUGAAAUGGUAAGCACUUCAAACACAUAUGAUAAUUGUUCUAAUGUAACCAUCAAGACAGAUUCAUUAGUAAUAUGGACAAUGGGUAUAAAGUCACUUAAGGAAAAAUAUGAUUAAAAAUGCACAAUUUGAUAUUAUAUAACUUAUUAUUUCGUAUUAAAUUUUCAUUCCACUUAAUAAUGAUUGUACUUACUCUAUGUCAUGGCGAAAUUCAUAAAAAUUUAAGUAACACUUCUAAGAAAUACCUAUGAUAAAGGUUGGGAAAGAGCACACAGUUUACUCUUUACCACAGGGCUCGGAAUUAUCCAGCACGCAACAUUAAGAUCGCGAGGGCUACGCCUCUUGACUCUCGUCGUACAUUUCGCUCCUCGUGGUCGCCUAAAUGUACGGAGUACCUCAUCAAAUGCUCUAUUUUACAUACAUCGACUACACGAACAUUACGUACUAUCAUUUACUAAGGACCGAGCAUUGUGAGAGGCAGGCGAGAAUUACAAUGUGGCAACAAGAAUUGUAGGAAUUUUAAAAAUCGUUAAUGAUAUAGCUCAGGCCUAGGCAACUUGUGGCUUGGGAGCAGGAGCUGCUACUACUCGUGUUUUAACUAGUGUAGUCAGGAAAAAUAACUACGCAAGGCGACGCAUGCGUAGGAACAUAACACUGGCACGUGUGGUCGCACCAAGGGCAACUAAGGUACACCCUAUCGUACAGUCAUAUUUUAAUAGUAACAUACACCAAAAUCCAACACAACAGGAUACAUAACUUAUCAUAUCUUAAUUCUAGACUUAACGUAAAUUAAUUUAUCUUAAUACAUUUUUUACAGUACAAUUUUUUAACUUAUAUCGUUACAUCAAGUGUAAUAUUGUUAUGAACAUGGGUCUGGUAACGACAUUGUAACAGAGACAAAAGAAAGUUUGUCAAAAAUGUACGUAACACUAGUCCCUCAUUUUGUGUGAAAUGAAGAAUAUAAACUUUGUUUAUAGUA